CUCAAGCAAGCCGGUCAGGCGCACCAACCACCUGUUGCGUCGAGGCCUCGCCGCCGCCACCGACCCACUCUUGUGUCAACUCUUGUAGUGUCCUCCCCAGCAUCCACCACAGCCGGAGUCUCUAUCCACUCCUCGUCCUUUGGAAGAAGUCUACGAGUGUUAACAAAAAGGUCAUAAACACUGCCUCUUACACACGGAGAAACUCGAAAUAUCUUGACGUGCGGAACAGUAUGAAAGAGGAAAUAAAGUGUUUCUGAGAGAGGGGAAGUUGCUUCCUGAAGGAGGCAUGAGUGCGUCCGGCAAAGGUUUUCUUGGCUUAUGGCUGUACAAGACCGGGGAGGAAUGGAUGCUGAAGGAUCCACUAAGACAACAGAAGUUAGCUAAGUCCAGCACCUCGUCCCCGCCCAAGAAAUCGAAGGCCCCGGAAACCAGCGAUGAGGUGUACCAUCCCGCCCACAACUCUGUCGUCUUCAAUCUCAAGAACCAGAUCGGAGGUCUCGCCAAGGCUCUCCAAGUUUUCCAGGACCGCGGCAUCAAUGUGGUGCACAUCGAGAGUCGUAAGUCUCGUCGUCGCAACUCAGAGUACGAGAUUAUGGUGGACAUCGAGUGUGACAACUCCAAGAUGGACGAUCUACAACUCCUCCAACGAAAGAUGUCUUGUCUCAGCCUCCACGACUACGACAAGGGCGAGAAUUUCCCCCCACCCACUCCCAUGAGUCAGGAGAGCUUCGACUUCAGUGACUUGUGCCCCUGGUUCCCCCGCAAGAUCAGUGACCUCGACAACUUUCAGAAGGUUCUCAUGUACGGCUCAGACCUCGACGCUGACCACCCGGGCUUCAAGGACCCAGUCUACAGGAAGAGAAGGCAGAUCUUCUAUGACGUGGCUAUGAACUAUAAAUUUGGACACGAGAUCCCCCGUGUGGAGUACACCGAGGAAAUAAAAACCUGGGGCACCAUCUUCAAGGAGCUGUUCCGUCUAUACCCGAGUCACGCCUGCAAGGAAUACAACCGCAAUUGGCCCGACCUGGUGAAGUACUGCGGCUAUAGGGAGGACAACAUUCCUCAGCUGGCAGACAUCGACAAAUACCUGAAACGCACGACAGGAUUCUCGCUGCGUCCCGUGGCUGGGUACUUGUCUCCCAGGGACUUCCUAGCAGGACUCGCCUUCAGGGUCUUCCACUGUACGCAAUACAUCCGCCACUCCUCAGAUCCAUUUUACACGCCUGAACCGGACUGUUGUCACGAGCUGCUGGGUCACAUGCCCAUGUUAGCGUGUCCGUCUUUGCCUCAGUUCUCCCAAGAGAUCGGUCUGGCGUCACUCGGGGCUAACGAAGAGGACUUGAUGAAGAUCGCUACACUGUACUUCUUCACUGUGGAGUUUGGGAUGUGUAAGGAGGAUGGUAACCUGAAGGUGUACGGGGCGGGGCUGCUCUCAAGCAUCGGGGAGCUGCGUCACUCCCUCUCCCCGGCAGCCAAGGUGGAGCCCUUCGACCCUGACCCCGUGUCUACUGUGCCCUGCCUCGUGACCACCUUCCAAAACCAGUACUUUUAUACCGACACCUUCGAGGAGGCCAAGGAGAAGCUCAGGGCUUAUGUGUCCAAGAUCCAGCGUCCAUUCGGGGUGCGGUACAACCCAUACACGAUGAGCGUUGAGAUCCUCAGUAACGCGGAGAAGAUCGCCGCAUUAGUUUCCGAGCUGCGAGGAGACCUGUGUAUCGUCAGGAACGCCCUGCAGAAGAUCCACGAGAAUGAUGAUGACGUUGACAUCGAGAAUAUCACCAGCAUAUUGACAUCUGCCCUGAAGACUGAAGACAGUACCAAGUCAUAAUUCAUCCCUCUCUCUCUCUCUCUCUCCCAUUUAUUCAUAAUAUUAUCUAGUUAGUCAUAUGCAAAGUUUUGAAGAAGACAUCGAUAAGUUGGGGAGAAGUGUAUUAGAGUUUAUACAUGUAUGGAUUACUCCUUCUGAUUUAAAUAAUGGAAUAAGAGGUAAAUUAUCCUGAGCUUCCUUAGCUAUAGAAAUACUGUCAUAUAUACAUAAGGCUGUCAUAAUACACCAGACACUGUCAUAUA